AUGAAACUAAAUAAUAACUCAUCACAAUCGCUAGGAAAUGAUCAACCUACGAACUCGAUGCAGUCCCUUAAGAUUAAUGAGCUUGAAGACAGCAUAAAACAUCUUACAGAAAAGAUCAAGUCAUUAGAAAAAGGUUGCGAAUCUCUACUAAGAGAAAAUGAAAAGCUUAAAGCUGAAAAAAAUAUACCAAUUCCUGUUAAAAAGAAAACCAGUACUAGUGCUACAAUUAUAAACGCAGUACAUAAAAAAGUUGCGAGUAACAGUAAUUCACCCCAAAACGGUAAACGUGGGCGUUCUAGUCCUGUAAAUGCACAGCGAAAAAAUAAACAAAAAAAGCUUGACAGCUACUGGCUUGCAACACCUAACCGUUUUGAGGUUCUAGACAACCCUGACGCUGAUAAUCAGGAAGAAACAUCAGAACAUGCGGAAUUAAUUAAAGAAAGUAAAAUUCCUAAACCACCACCAAUAUUUGUAGCGGGUGUUGGUAACAUUCAACCAUUGCGGGCACUGCUAAAUGAUGUGGCUCCAAAUGAGUUUGUACUCAAAAUUGUAGGCCAUGAAGUAGUCAAUAUCAGUAACAUUCGACAUCGUGUUACAAAAAAACCACUUCCUCUGUUUUUCGUUGGACUAAAGCCCUCAGACAAGGUGAAAACAAUUUACAACUGUACUGACUUGCUGCACACAAAAAUUUCCAUUGAAGCGCCUAAAAAGAAGCGCGAAUUGCCGCAAUGCACUCGGUGCCAACGAUAUGGUCAUACAAAACAUUUCUGUAAUCAUAUGCCACGCUGUGUUAAAUGCCCUGAAAACCACUUAUCCUCAGAUUGCCCACGCAAAUCCCCCGGUAAUGAUGUAUGGUGUGUUCUUUGUGAAGGUAAUCACCCGGCUAACUAUAAAGGGUGCACAGUCUACAAACAACUCCAGAAAAAAGCGUUUCCAGCCCUACGUAGAAAAAUAACAACUGAUACAGAAAGGCAACAGAACACCAAAUUGAAUGUAACAAGCCAAACGUAUGCAAAUGUUGUUAAAUCUAACAAUAUAAACACUCAAGAGCACGUAAACUCAGCUCAGCAAAACGAUUUUCCUGAGCUUAAAUCAAUGCUCAAAACGGUUAUGGAACAAAUGAGCUCUAUGCUCAACCUCCUAACCGCAUUUGUCGCUAAUACAUCCAAAUAA